AUGGCAAUAUGGGAAUCUUAUGCGGUGGCUCACGAGCUAAGGUGUAAUGUUGUAAAAAGGGAGUUUAUGGUCUUGAAGUCUGGUUUGAAGACCUAUUUAGAGAAAGCAGUAGUCUCGCUCUGUAGCACACCGCUGUGCCGAGUAAAUAAAUUUAAAUGCCUGGGCAACUGGGCUACCGCUAAUUUAAAGGAUGACUAUGAAAUUGAGAGGAAACGUCGCUCUCUGUCCGAUGCAAGUGCUAGCUCGGAGAUUUGCAAGGUAUACGAAGUCAGUCAAAUUAACGCUUUCCAAAGCAUACUCGAGUUAACAAUCCUAGCUCUCCUACUAAUUGCCUUUGGUACCGGCGGCAUUAAGCCUUGUGUGUCGGCAUUCGGCGGAGAUCAGUUUAAAUUGCCAGAACAAGAGAAAUACUUGGGAUACUUUUUCUCGUUGUUCUACUUUUCUAUAAAUGCUGGAAGUUUAAUAUCCACCUUCCUUACACCGAUUUUAAGAGCAGACGUACACUGUUUCGGCGAUAACGAUUGUUAUUCCUUGGCUUUCGGUGUUCCUGGCAUUCUUAUGAUAAUUUCUAUAAUAUUUUUUGUAGCCGGCAAAAGGUUUUACAUAAUGAAAAGUCCUACCGGCAACGUAAUGAGCAGGGUUGCGUCAUGCAUUGGACACGCUGUGUUGAGAUCCUUUCAGAAUAAAGAGAAAAGGGAACACUGGUUGGACCAUGCUGACGACAAAUAUGAUACUAAUCUUAUCGAAGAUGUAAAAGCACUUCUUGGUGUACUAGUAUUAUUCAUACCGCUACCAGUAUUUUGGGCUUUAUUUGAUCAACAAGGUUCUAGAUGGACAUUCCAAGCUGACAGAAUGGAACAGGAUAUUGGCGGUUGGACUCUAAAGGCUGACCAAAUGCAAGUUCUUAAUCCACUUCUAAUCUUAAUCUUCAUCCCACUUUUCGAAGUAGCAAUUUACCCUUGUUUGACAUGGUGCAGACUUAUAAGAAAGCCACUACACAAAAUGAUAUGGGGUGGUAUUUUGGCUGCUUUUGCUUUCGUUAUAUCUGGUAUUGUAGAGCUCAGCCUACUUCCCACGUAUGGUACCCCUGUAUCAGAUGGCUUAGCACAGCUGAGAAUAUAUAAUGGUUAUGAUUGUAACUUUACUUUGAAUAUGAAUGUGCAAAAUAUUACAUACAAUGCUACAAUUGGACCAUUAGGAGCUUAUGAAAAACUAGAUAUUGAAGCUGAUCAAAUUAUUCAACUACCAUAUUCUCUUCGAGGAAUGCCAAACAGUGCGUGUGAAAAUAUAACGUUUAGUAAUACUUUCUCGUUAUUGGAAAAAACAGCUAAUUCUUAUUUUAUAAGUAACAACAAUUUGUACAAUUUUAUUGAUGAUAAUAACAAAGCUAUCGACGGCGUUAAUGUCAGAUUUUUGACCAAUGCUUAUACACCCGUGAAAAUUGAUGUUCAAAGUAAUAAAGGAAAUACAACAACCUUGAGUAUUGCUGGUGAUGAUACAACGCAAAAGACUACGGCAAAGGGAACUUACGACGUUUUAGUAAACAGUCUUGUAGUGUUACCAGAAUUUAAAUUUCAAGCUGGAGCUGUAUACACGAUUAUCAUACAUCAAUCAGAAAACGGGAGCUAUAUGUCCGACGUCGUGACUAUUACUCCUCCGAACACCGUCCAUAUACUCUGGCUGAUACCUCAGUAUGUCAUAAUGACGAUGGGAGAAGUAAUGUUCUCAGUCACAGGUCUCCAGUUUUCAUUCACUCAGGCUCCAGCCAGUAUGAAGUCUGUGCUCCAAUCGAUCUGGUUACUUACGGUUGCCUUCGGCAAUCUUAUUGUAAUCCUCAUCGUCAAAGGAAACUUUUUGGACGCACAGUGGAAAGAAUUUUUCUUAUUCGCGGGACUUAUGUUGCUCGAUAUGUUAAUAUUUAUGACUAUGGCAUUUAGAUGGAAAUACGUGGAACUGAAGGAUAGUACCGAAGAAUUAGCCAUUGAAGAAAUCAAAGUUCCCGACAAAACGAAAGACUUGGAGCAUAAAGAGAACUAGGUGCUAUAUUUUGUUAUGUGUAUAAAUAGUGUUAUAGUUAUGUAACUUGUUAGUAAUUAUAAGUAAAUGAACAAAAUAAAAUAUUAAAGCUC